UCUCCUGCAACUUGCCCGAGGGGAGCUGGUGUUACAGCUCUCAGCAGGGUCUGUCGGACCAGAACUGCUUAUAGACCUGAUCCACCAGCAGCCCGGGAGGGCGAGGGACUGAAGGUGUAUUGGCUGAAGGCUAACAAGUUGCCUGCAUCCAUGAGCAGACUGGAAGAAGACUGAAGAUGACCAACAGUGAUGCCGUGGAGCACAAAGAUCAGCCUGUGCCUAGGGAAUUCUAGGAUUUGAUGCGGAGGGUGGUGAACUAUGCUCCCUUGACACUGCUCCCCUCUGCAGUCCCAAGCACCCUCUUUGAGCAAGCCUAUGCUGUUCAGCAAGAUUUUAACCUACUUGUGGAUGCUGUUAGCCAGAAUGUGGGAUUCCUGGAACGUGCUCUUGCUAGCACCAUCAGGGCAGAUGACUUCACAGCGCAACUCUUUAAAAUCUACACGCAAGUGCUGAAAGAAGGGCUGGUGCAGGUAUCCCAGAGGGAGUCUUCUCCGUCCUCCCCUCCUUUCUUUCCGAAGGGAAGUUUGGGGACGGUCUUCUUGGGAAUAAACCGCUCUGAUUACAUGAUUGACCAUGGUGCAGAUGGCACUCCAGCACUGAAGCAAAUUGAAAUAAACACCAUUGCUGCCAGCUUCGGAGGCCUUACCUCGAGAACCACGGCUGUGCAUCGGCACGUAUUGAAUGUUUUGGGGAAGUCCAAGGAGGCGUCGAAGUUACUGGACAAUAAUCCAUCCAAGGGGAUUGCCGCAGGCAUUGGGAGAGCUUGGGAGCUCUAUGGCUCAGCCAGAGCUGUGGUGAUGUUCCUGGUUGAAGACACCCAAAGGAAUAUUUUUGACCAACGCUGCAUAGAAAAUGAGCUGUGGACCAGGAAUAUCCGGGUGAUCCGGAGACGGUUUCAAGAGGUGUUUGAAAAGGCGUCUUUGGAUAAGGACAGGAGAUUGUACAUGGAAGGCCAAGAGGUUGCAGUGGUGUAUUACCGAGAAGGCUAUGUGCCACAGAACUAUAACAAACAGAACUGGGAGGCGCGGUUGUUGAUGGAAAGGUCCAAAGCGGUGAAGUGUCCUGACAUCGCUACCCAGCUUGUUGGGACCAAGAAAGUGCAGCAGGAGCUGAGCCAGCCAGGAGCCUUGGAGAGCUUGCUGCCCGACCGGCCUGAGGCAGUUGCUCGGUUAAGAGCGACCUUUACUGGCCUCUAUUCCCUGGAUAUGGGCGAAGAAGGUGACAGGAUGGUUGCUAUGGCCAUUGCUGACCCGGAGCGUUUCGUGCUGAAGCCUCAGCGGGAAGGAGGAGGGAACAACCUCUAUGGGGAAGAGCUCAAGCAACUUCUGGAGAAGAUCAAAGACAGCCCCGAGAGGACCUCCUAUAUCCUAAUGGAUAAGAUCACACCUCGGCCCUCGCUGAACUGCUUGCUCAGGGCUCACAGCCCCCUGGAAAUCUCCAGCUGUAUCUCUGAGCUGGGGGUGUUUGGUGUCUACAUCAGGCACGGGACGGACCUGGUUGUGAAUAGGCACGUCGGUCACCUCCUGCGCACCAAGGCCGUUGAGCAUGCAGAUGGCGGCGUGGCGGCUGGGGUGGCCGUACUGGAUACCCCCUAUCUGGUGUGAAGAGGACAGCUCCCACUGUGCUGCUGGGCAGGGCUGGCAUUUCUGUUGGGGAUUGUUUGAUACAAUCAGGGCCCCAGGGUGUUCCCCCUCCUGGCCAUGGAACGGGCCAGCUCCUUUUAUGCCACCUCCUCCCCUUGAAAGACUUGGCUUCUCCACGGGUCUUCUAAAUGUCACAUUCCCUAAGCCACCGCCCCGUCCCCACCCUGCACCGGCAGCCAGCUGUGCAUGCCACACUGAAGUGGCUGGAGUAGAGCUGAGGCUCGCCUGGCGAUCAGAGCUAGGAGGUGACAGCUGCCUGGAUGUGCCUUAAGUGCCUGGUCCAAAGGCUUAAAUGUGCCUUGGUUUGAGCUUGUGCUCUUCCACACUCUGCUGCUCAGGGGGUUGCUGCGGCUCAAGGCUAAAUCUAGGGCAGCGGGAGAGCAGCUCGGUUUCACAGAGAGGGAGCAUGGAUCUGGGAGCAAGGCCUGAGCCCUAAGCCCUCAGCAGGCUGAGUGGAAGUCAGGUCUCCUACCCGCUGCCUGCUUCUGGAGUUGGUACAUGAGCUUAGCCAAGGCAGCCCUAGCUGUGCUGAAACACUGGCCCUAAUGUAAAGCCAGGACUCCCUGCCCCCCGCGCAGUGUAAAGGCAGCAGGCUAGAAUGAUCAGCCCAAAGGCCCAUCCAGCUGUGUCCUGUCUGCCCACAGUGACCAAACGCAGGUGCCCUAGAGGGAGGGAACCCCCUGUGAGCCCUCCCCUGGCCCCCAUUCCCAGCUUCUGGUGAACAGAGGCCCAGGGCCAUCCCUGCCCAGCCUAGCUAAGAAGCACGGGGGUUUGCUGAAAGCAGCAGGUACAGGGUUGUGGGUGGGUAACGAGCCAGGUCCCAGUGUAAUGUAACUUGGCUGGAGCAGUGAAUAAAGGAGAAAGGCCUGGUGGCA